GGGGCCAACACCAUAGGAGCCCAUCCAGGAUGUACCUUGAAGAAAGGAGAUGACUAGGAAGCUCAGAAGGGGAAGAUGGAAGGAAGCACCUGGUCCCAUCUUUACCUGCCAGGAAAGAACAAAAUGAAAAGGUAGAUAGGCAGAUAACUCCAUGGAACAAUUUCCCACUUCUGAACCCAAAAGCAUCUGCAUCAGCAAAAGCUUUAGGCAUUCAUGUUCUGCUUUAAAUGUGGCAGCUAGACUGGUGACUGGGAGCGGCCGCCGAGAACAUAUGACGCCAGUCUUGAAAGACCAGCAUUAGCUCCCAGUACGUUUCUGAGCACAAUUCAAAGUGUUGGUGCUGACCUUGAAAGCCCGAAACGGCCUCGGUCCAGUAGACCUGAAGGAGCGACUCCACCCCCAUCAUUCAGCCCUGAGGUCCAGCUCCGAGGGUCUUCUGGCGGUUCCCUCCCUGCGAGAAGUGAGGUUACAGGGAACCAGGCAGAAGGCCUUCUUGAUGGUGGCGCCCGCCCUGUGGAACGCCCUCCCAUCAGAUGUUAAGGAGAUAAACAACAAUCUGACACUUAGAAGACAUCUGAAGGCAGCCCUGUUUAGGGAAGCUUUUAAUGUUUGAUGUAUUACGGUAUUUUUAAUCUUUUGUUGGAAGCUGCCCAGAGUGGCUGGGGAAACCCAGCCAGAUGGGCGGGGUAUAAUAAUAAUAAUAAUAAUAAUAAUAAUAAUAAUAAUAAUUUAUUAUUUAUACCCUGCCCAUCUGGCUGGGUUUCCCCAGCCACUCUGGGUGACUUCCAACAGAACACCAAAAUACAAUAACCUAUUAAACAUUAAAAGCUUCCCUAAACAGUGCUGUCUUCAGAUGUCUUCUAAAAGUUUGGUAGGUUUUUUCCUCUAAUUAAUAAAUAAAUAAGUAAUAAAUUAUUAUUAUUAUUAUUAUUAUUAUUAUUAUUAUUAUUGUUAUUAUGGAAGCUGUAAAAGAAUACUGCCGAAAGACCAGAGAGAUCCCAUAUUCAAAACAACUUCUCCAUUCAGUCGAUUCUUAAUGCAAUGGAUGGGCUUCAUGAAGUCAUGCAAGUUUCCCAUUGUCUGGUUUGAAUUCACUAGGCUUCAGCGCCCCCCUGCACCCCUCGUUCCUCUUUGAACCCCCUCAAGGAAAUCCCACUGCCCACCACAAAGGGUGCUGCUGCCCACUUUGGGAACCAUUGACCCAGAGUUACCUUUGUGGACUUGGUUCCCUUCGGAGCAACUUGUGAGAGUUAUUUACUCGUCUCUGUGGGCCUGCCUUCGCUUAGCUUGCCAGAGUGACUAAAACAUCUGUUACAUUUAUGCAAGAUGUGAAGUAUCUCUGCGCUAUUUGAUCUCCGAAAGGAAUGGACAUGACAAGAAGCACAAACAAAUUUGCAUUAAAAAGCAGAGGUUCUGGUGGAACAUGUGUAUGCAUGUAGAUAACAUUUUCCGCCUUCCAUUAUAUUUCCUGAACAUGCACCGAAGCGACUCAGAACCCAACCCAGGAUUCCAUCAGGUGGACGGACAUCAUUGCAAUAGUCGUGGUUAUCUGCAAUCUUUUGCUCAUUGCUCAGAUACUUUAUUCCAUAAGGAAAUUUCUCCAUGUACCAGAAGGCAUAAAACAACUUCAUGGUCAGGUGACCAGUUUCUUGGAAUAAGCCAAAGAAACGCACAUUUAAUAAACUAGCAGCCUGCAGAAGACAGACUGUCUUGGCAGUAGCCUUAAAAAACACCACAACCUGCCUAGUAGGUUUAAUGGAAAUAUUUCUGAUUUUAGUAAAGCAGAUAACGUUCAUAGUAAUCUUCUGAGGCUAUUGGAAGAACCAGCAUAUUCACCAAUGGUGGUAAAUGGUGGUGGUGACAGAAAGGUUGUGUGAAAGAUUCUUACUGCUCAGCACAAAAUACCGUAUUUUUCACUCCAUAGGGCGCACCGACCCAUAGGACGCACCUAGUUUUCCCCACCCCCGGGCGGAUAUCUGCCUGAAGCCCAAACCAGGUCGGGGAACAGCGGGUUGGCGCGCUGUGGCUCCCCGCUGACCCCCGAGCUGUGCCUCCCCACUGUCCCACAAGCUCGGGGGACAGUGGGGAGGCGGACCACUGCCAUCCCGCUGUCCCCCGAGCUUGUGGGGCUGGUGGCUGGGAGAAGCGCGCUUCUCCCCACCGCCAGCCUCCAAACCAGGUCGGGGAACCGAAGCCCAGGGCGCGCUGUGCAGCGUGUCCCGGGCUUCAAGAUGCAGGCUGCUAUCCGCAAGCAGCCUAGGGAGCCUGACGGGAACUCCCGCGAGCUCCCAAGGCUUGCGGAGAGCUUCCUGAAGCCUGGUGCGCACAGACCCUUGUUAUUCCAGACCCUUGUUAUUAGCCAAAUCCUCUGGAGGAUGGAGAAAUAAUAUUUUUGAACAAGGAGUACAAGAUGGGGUGAUGGUUUGGGAGAUUUUGUGUGCCUAACAGGAGUUAUUGAUGCAACACUGUAAUACAAGGGUCACACGACUGGUGGCAGGUGAUUCUUUCAGAUUAGAGCCUUUUCAAGAAAAAAACAAAAUGACGCAAACCUUCUUAGAAAUAGUAGAAGGUGACAGCAGUCGCAAAAUUAAAAGACGCCUGCUUCUUGGGAGAAAAGCGAUGACAAACCUAGACAGCAUCUUAAAAAGCAGAGACAUCACCUUGCCAACAAAGGUCCCUAUAGUUAAAGCUCUGGUUUCCCACUUCUGAACCCAAAAGCAUCUGCAUUAGCAAAAGCUUUAGGCAUUCAUGCUCUGCUUUAAAUGUGGCAGCUAGAAUGGUGAAUGGAAGCGGCUGCCGAGACCACAAAACACCAGUCUUGAAAGACCAGCAUUAGCUUCCAGUACGUUUCUGAGCACAAUUCAAAGUGUUGGUGCUGACCUUGAAAGCCCGAAACAGCCUCGGCCCAGUAUACCUGAAGGAGCGUCUCCACCCACAUCAUUCAGCCCUGAGGUCCAGCUCCGAGGGUCUUCUGGCGGUUCCCUACCUGCGAGAAGUGAGGUUAAAGGGAACCAGGCAGAGGGCGUUCUUGGUGGUGGCACCUGCCCCAUGGAACACCCUCUCAUCAGAUGUUAAGGAGAUAAACAACUAUCUGACAUUUAGAAGAUAUCUGAAGCCAGCCCUGCUUGGGGAAGUUUUGAAUGACUGAUGUUUUAAUGUAUUCUUAACCUUUUGUUGGAAGCUGCAUGGAGGGGCUGGGGAAACCCAGCCCGAUCGGUGGGGUAUAAUAAUAAUAAUAAUAAUAAUAAUAAUAAUAAUAAUAAUUUAUUAUGUAUACCCCGCCCAUCUGGGUGACUUCCAACAGAACACCAAAAUACAAUAACCUAUUAAACAUUAAAAGCUUCCCUAAACAGGGCUGCCUUCAUAUGUCUUCUAAAAGUUUGGUAGUUAUUUUUCUCUAAGUAAUAAAUAAAUACAUAAUAAAUUAUUGUUAUUAUUUUUAUGGAAGGAAGCUGUAAAAGAAUACUGCCAAAAAAAGCAGAGACAACGCAUAUUCAAAACAACUUUUCCAUUCAGUCAAUUCUUUUCUUUUCUUUUUUUAAGAGAUUGAGAUUCUCAAUGCGAUCGAAGGGCUUCAUGAAGUGAUGCAAGUUUCCCAUUGUCUGGUUUGAAUUCACUAGGCUUCAGCGCCCCCCUGCACCCCUCGUUCCUCUUUGAACCCCCUCAAGGUAAUCCCACUGCCCACCACAAAGGGUGCUGCUGCCCACUUUGGGAACCAUUGACCCAGAGUUACCUUUGUGGACUUGGUUCCCUUCGGAGCAACUUGUGAGAGUUAUUUACUCGUCUCUGUGGGCCUGCCUCCGCUUAGCUUGCCAGAGUGACUAAAACAUCUAUUACUUUUAUGCAAAAUGUGAAGUAUCUCUGCGCUAUUUGAUUGCAGAAAGGAAUGGACAUGACAAGAAGCACAAACAAAUUUGCAUUAAAAAGCAGAGGUUCUGGUGGAGCAUGUAUGCAUGUAGAUAACAUUUUCCGCCUUCCAUUAUAUUUCCUGAACAUGCACCGAAGCGACUCAGAACCCAACCCAGGAUUCCAUCAGGUGGACGGACAUCAUUGCAAUAGUCGUGGUUAUCUGCAAUCUUUUGCUCAUUGCUCAGAUACUUGAUUCCAUAAGGAAAUUUCUCCAUGUACCAGAAGGCAUAAAACAACUUCACGGUCAGGUGACCAGUUUCUUGGAAUAAGCCAAAGAAACGCACAUUUAAUAAACUAGCAGCCUGCAACAAGACAGACUGUCUUCUUAAAAAACACCACAACCUGCCUAUUAGGUUUAAUGGAAAUAUUUCUGAUUUUAGUAAUGCAGAUAACGUUCAUAGUAAUCUUCUGAGGCUAUUGGAAGAACCAGCAUAUUCACCAAUGGUAGUAAAUGGUGGUGGUGACAGAAAGGUUGUGUGUAAGCUUCUUACUGCUCAGCACAAAAUAGACUGUAGAAGUGGACCCAAGGUCCUCAGUCUUUUUUUCGGUUCCACCACCGAAACUUUCCAUCUUUUUCUUAAAGCCAAAUGCCCCAAUGCAAAGUACAGGCUCCCGAAGAGUGCAUCUGACAAGCAAAAGGGAUCUGAGGAAAGCAGGGCGAACAUGGAUACUGAUGGAAUAGUAGAAUUGUGGAAGAAGAAAGUUCUCCAAUAGUCCUCUAGUCCAAACCCUUGCCACACAGAAAUCACAACUGAAGCAUUCAUGAGAGGUCGCCAUCCAAGCUCUGUUUAAAAAGCUCAAAGGAACCAGAGUCCACCAGGGAGUCUGUUCCUUUGCCAAACAGCUCUUACCGCCAGAAAGUUCUUCCUAAUGUUGAGUCAGAAUCUCCUUUCUUAUCAUCUGAGUCUACUGGUUCAGGUCCUCCACUGCAGAGCAGCAGAAAGCAAGCUUGCUCCAUCUUCCAUGUGAUUUGUGCUUCAGAUUUGUGGAGAUGGCUAUCUCAUUCAAAGCAAAGUGGUUUAGUUGUGUGCCAUUAGUUAACGUUUCCGGGAAGUUAUUAGCCGAAUCCUCUGGAGGAUGGAGAAAUAAUAUUUUUGAACAAGGAGUACAAGAUGGGGUGAUGGUUUGGGAGAUUUUGUGUGCCUAACAGGAGUUAUUGAUGCAACACUGUAAUACAAGGGUCACACGACUGGUGGCAGGUGAUUCUUUCAGAUUAGAGCCUUUUCAAGAAAAAAACAAAAUGACGCAAACCUUCUUAGAAAUAGUAGAAGGUGACAGCAGUCACGAAAUUAAAAGAUGCCUGCUUCUUGGGAGAAAAGCGAUGACAAACCUAGACAGCAUCUUAAAAAGCAGAGACAUCACCUUGCCAACAAAGGUCCCUAUAGUUAAAGCUCUGGUUUCCUCAGUAGUGAUGUAUGGAAGUGAGAGCUGGACCACAAAGAAGGCUGAUCGCCGAACAAUUGGUGCUUUUGAAUUCUGGUGCUGGAGGAGACUCUUUUUUUAAAAAAAAUAAUAAUUUUUAUUGCAUUUUCCAUUAUACGAAUUCAUUAUAUCAAAUUUUUUUCACAAAUUUCAGCUUUUUAGACUUCCAUCAGCUUCUCUGCAAAUCAUCCAUAUUUUUACAUACUUUACGCAUUCUUUAAAUUUAAUAUUGCCUUUUAGUAUACCCUUACUAUCCAGUUCCUUUUUAACAAUACUCCUCUAACUCUCACAAAACUUCUUUAAAUCCCACUAGCGUUGUUUGUUCUUCACAUAUACUUUUCAGAUAUUCAGUAAAUUUUCCCCAGUCCUCGAUGAACUUGUGAUCCCGUUGAUAUCUAAUCUUCCCAGUUAGUUUGUCCAACUCUGCAUAGUCCAUAAGUUUCAUUCUCCAUUCUUCCAGGGUCGGUAGUUCUUCCUGUUUCCAUUUCUGGGCCAUUGAUAUUCUCGCCGCCGUAACUACAUAUUGGAAAAGUUUGUAGUCCCUUCUGUUUAUUUCACUUCCUGUUAUUCCUAACAGAAAGGCUUCUGGUUUCUUUACAAAUGUAUAUUUCAACAUCUUUUACAAUUCAUUAUAUAUCAUCUCCCAGAAACCCUUCACCUUCUUACAUUCCCACCACAUAUGAUAAAAUGAUCCUUCUUUUUCUUUACAUUUCCAACACUUAUUACAUGUUUUGAACAUUUUUACUAACUUAACUGGUGUAAUAUACCAUCUAUAUACCAUUUACAUGAUAUUCUCCUUUAACGCAGUACAUGCUGUAAAUUUUAUAUUUUCAUUCCAUACUUGUUCCCAAUCCUCCAAUUGUAUAUUAUAUCCAAAGUCUCUGGCCCAGCAUAUCAUUGAGGCUGGCCUCAACUAGAGCCAGGGCUUUCUCGGCUGUGGCUCCAAUCUGGUGGAACGCUCUGUCACAAGAGACUAGGGCCCUGCAGGACCUGACAUCUUUCCGCAAGGCCUGCAAGACAGAGUUGUUCCACCAGGCCUUUGGUCAGGGCCCAGCCUGACUCCCUCCUCUGGCAACCUGCACAGAAUUUUGCUCAACGGUUGCCAUUAAUUUGAUUUUAAUUAAUUUUUAUAAUGAAAUGUUUUUAGAAUGUUGGAUUAUUUGAUUGUUUGAUUAUUUGAUUGUUGUUAGCUGCCCUGAGCCCGGCUUCGGCUGGGGAGAGCGGGAUAUAAAUAUUAUUAUUAUUAUUAUUAUUAUUAUUAUUAUUAUUAUUAUCAUAACUGACUUUACUUCCUCAUCCAUCGUAUGCCAUUUCAACAACAUUUUGUACAUUUUUGACAAUAUCUUAUAAUCAUUAUUUAUUAUCUCUAUUUGAAAUUUCGAUUCCUUUUCUGAAUAUCCACUCUCUUUAAAAUCUUUUUUGAACAUUUCAUUUACCUGAAAAUAAUGCAACCAAUCAAACACAUAUUCUUUUACUUGUUCAUAUGGCUUCAUUUCCCAUUUUCCUCCUUCUUUAAUUAUUAAUUCACCAUAUGUGAUAUGGAACUGGCGGAAUGACUGGCAGAAUCCGUGACCAGGGAGAAGAGGCAAUGGAGGAAGAUUGGAAGAAAUUCAAAGACUACCUACAGAAACACUGUAAAAUUAAAGAAUGCUAGAGUGAUGUUGGAUUGAAAAUAAGUGGUUUCCAGCUGUACAGGAUAAAAUUAUAGACAGACUAAGAUUAAAGAUUAGGAUUAAAGAAGUUUAAGGAAAUGGAAAUUUGGUACUUAAGAGGUAAAAUUUUAAUGCUAUAUUACAUCAAGAUUAAAGAUUAGGAGUAAAGAAGUUAAAGGAAAGGGAAAUUUGGUACUUAAGAGGUAAAAUUUUAAUGCUAUAUUACACUAAGAUUAAAGACUGGGAUUAAAAAAGUGGAAAAGAAAUUGCUGGAUAAACAAUUUGGACUGGAAUACAAAAGAGGGAGGUAUGAGGAAGUCCAGAAAAUAAGUAAAUUCAAAAAAGGGAAUGAAAAGGUGAUAUUGUUUUUAAUUGUUCUGUUUCUUUUUUUGUUGUUUUUUGUUUUUUGUGUUUUUUCUCUUUUUCUGGGAUUUGUAUUGUGUAUUUGUGUAUUUCUUUUUUAUGACUUUUCUGUUCAAUUUUUUAUUGAAACCUUAAUAAAAAAUAUUUUUUUAAAAAUUAUAAUUAUUAAUUCACCAUAUGUGAUCCAAUUCCCUCUCAUAUUAAUUUUCUUAACACUCAUAACCUCUAAUGGAGACAACCAGCGUGGAACUUUUGGUUCUAAUAGGUUUUUAUACCUAUCCCAUAUUUCUAUUAAAGAUCUCCGGAAGAUAUGGUUCUCAAAACCUUUAUGACUUUUCUUCUUCUCCAACCAUAAAUACGUGUGCCAUCCAAAUCUGUUAUCAAAUCCUUCUAAAUCUAACAAUUUAUUGUUUUUUAAUUUUAUCCAUUCCUUUAACCAACAGAGACAAGACACUUCGUAGUAUAAUUUCAAGUCUGGCAGGGCAAAGCCUCCUCUUUCCGUCGCAUCUGUUAAUAACUUAAAUUGUAUUCUUGGCUUUUUACCCUGCCAGAUAUAUCUUGAAAUUACUCUUUGCCAAUCUUUAAAAAUUGUUGUCCCUUUAAUUAUUGGAAUCAUUUGAAAUAAAAAUAACAUCUUUGGAAGUACACUCAUCUUGAUCGUUGAAAUUCUACCCCAAAAGGAGAGUUUCAUAUUUCCCCACACCUCCAGAUCUUUUUUAAUUCCAUUCCAUACCAGUAUAUAAUUGCUUUGAAAUAAAUCAAUAUUUUUGAAUGUUAACCAUAUUCCCAAAUAUUUUACUUUCUUCGCCACUUUGAUCCCUAUUUUUUGUUGCAUUGUUUCUAUUACACUAUGAUCCAUAUUUUUUACAAAUACCUUAGUUUUUUUCUUAUUUAAUAUAAACCCAGCCACUUUACCAAAUUGCUCAAUCUCCUCCAACACCUCAUUUAAACUUUUUAAUGGAUCUUCUAUCGUUAUUACCAGAACGUCUGCAAAGGCUUUAACUUUAUAUUCAUUCUGACCUACUGUCACCCCUUUUAUUAAUUCAUUUUGUCUAAUUGAGCUUAAAAGGACUUCCAGGACCGUUAUAAAUAGCAAUGGCGAAAGAGGACAUCCCUGCCUUGUACCUUUCGAUAUCUUUACUUCUUCCGUAAUUACAUUGUUCACAAUCAAUUUUGCUCUCUGUUCUGUAUAAAUCGCCCUUAUUCCAUUAUAAAAAUCAUUCCCCACCUCCAUAUACUCUAAAUUUUUCAGCAUGAAUUCCCACGAUAUAUCAUCAAAGGCCUUUUCUGCAUCCACAAACAUCAAUAUGGCUUGUUUCUCAUUCCUGGUAGUCAGAUACUCCAAAGUAUUAAUUAUAUUUCUAACAUUAUCCUUCAUCUGUCUGCUUGGAAGAAAGCCUGCUUGAUCUUCAUGAAUAAUUUCUUGCAAAACCUUUUUCAUUCUUUUUGCUAAUAUUCCUGAAAAAAAUUUAAAGUCUGUGUUCAACAAUGAAAUCGGCCUGUAGUUCUUUACUUGUGUUAAAUCGGAAUCUUGCUUAGGAAUUAGUGAAAUAAAGGCAUCUUUCCAAGUUUCUGGAAUAUCUUUUUCCUUCAAGAUGUUAUUCAUUACUUCUUUCAGUGGCGCUGUCAGGGUAUGCCUCAAUUCUUUAUAAUAACUUGACGUAAAUCCACCUGGUCCCGGAGCCUUUCCUUUUUAAAAUUCUUUUAUGACCUCUAUUAUUUCCUCAUUCUCAAUUGGGGCGUUCAGUCUAUCUUUCUUUUCUGUCGGGAUCUUUUGCACCUUUUUUUCUUUUAAAUAUCUAUUUUCCUCAUAUUAUUCUUUUCUCUAUUUCUGUACAAAUGACUAUAAAAGUCCAAGAAUCCUUUUCUGAUGCCUUUAGGGUUUUCUAUCUCUUCUCCAUCCACAAUAAUUUUACUGAUUGUGUUUUGUUCCUUUCUUUUCUUAAUUUGCCACGCAAGCCAUUUGCCUGACUUAUUAGCAAACUCAAAGUUUCUUUGUCUUAACUUUUUAAUGUUCCAUUCCACCUCUUUGUUUAUUAUCAUUGCAAAUUGCGUUUGCAAAACUUUGAUAUUUUGUUUUAUUUUUGAGUUGUUAGGUUUCUUGAUUAAUUUUUGUUCAUUGUCCACUAUUUGUUUUAAGAUUUCCUUCUUGCCCUUCUCUCUGUGCUUAUUUCUGGUUGCAUUCUGUUGAAUGAAGAAUCCUCUCAUUACCGCCUUACUUGCAUCCCAAACUGUACUCAUCUUCGUACCUUUAUUACAAUUGUCCACAAAAUAUUCCAUCAGCUUCUUUUGUGCAUCCUGUAAAAUUUUUUGGUCAUCUAAGAGGUAGUCAUUAAUUCUCCAUCUAAAUGUUUUUUCUUCAUAGCCUUUAAUCUCCAAUUUUAUUGGACUGUGAUCUGAGAUCACUCUUGGCUGGAUUUCAAUUUGCAGAAUUCUUGGAGUUAGUUCGUUUGAGACACAAAUUUGAUCUAUUCUUGACAUUGACUGAUUUGGUUCCGAAUAAAAUGUAAACUGUUUCUCUAGUGGAUGUCUGAGUCUCCAAAUAUCAAUUAAAUUACAAUUCUUCGUCAUCGAAAAGAAAGUCUUAGGUAGUUUUCCUUCUUUGCUAACUUCUUUAUCUCUUAACCUGUCCAUUUCCAUUGAAACUACUCCAUUCAUGUCUCCCAUUACUAUAAUUUUUUGAUCCAUGUAUUCAAACAGUCUUUCUUCCAAAUUUUUGUAAAAAUCAGUCUUAUUUCCAUUAGGUGCAUAGAUCCCGACAAUUAUUAAUUUUUUGCCUUGCCAUUUGAUCUGGACAGCAAUAAUUCUUCCUUCUUCAUCCUUAAAAAUUUGCUGGGCUUCAAUUUUGUUUCUUACAUAUAAUACAACCCCUCUCUUUUUCCCUUUGUCAGAAGAUAUGAAUUCAUUUCCUAAUCUUUUAUUAAUCAACAUUUUCCUGUGUUUUCUUGCCACAUGUGUCUCUUGCAAACAAAUAAUGUCCAAAUUUUUCCUUUUUAAAUAUUGUUCGAUUUUAUUUCAUUUUUUCCUGUCAUUCAUUCCAUUAAUAUUCCAAUUCCAUAAUUUCAGCGCCAUAGUGAACUCCUAAAUAAAUUAAUUUAAAUUAUUAUUUUUAUAAUCUGUCAACUUCUUGUUCUUCUUCUUCUUCUUGUUCCUCGUCCGUCUUUUCCCCGUUUUCCUCCUCCUUCUCUUCCAAAGGCUUACCCCCUAGGGGAUCUACUCCUCCAACUGCUCCUUUUACUUCUUCCUCUUCUUCUGUUAAUUCCUUGUAUCUUCUCUGGAAUUUACCCACUUCCUCAGGGCUAGUAAGUCUGUGCUUCGUGCUUUUAUAAAAAAAGGAAAUCCCCUGUGGGAAUUCCCAUUUAAAUUCAAUCUUGUUCUUCUUAAGAAUUUGCACCAGUGGUUUAUAUGGGUCUCUUCAUUUCAACAAUCUAAUUGGGAUGUCUUUAAAGAUGAUUAUAUAGUUCCCAUCGAUAUUUAGUCUUUUUUCUUUAUUUUUUUGAAGUAUCAAAUUUCUCAUUUCUCUAUCUUUAAAAGUAAUUAGGCAAUCUCCUGGAACUUUCCUUGACUUUGUUGUUCUUACUCUCAUCCUAAAUCCAUUUUGCACUGUUCUCGCAACCUCUUCAUUUUGUAACUCUAACCAUUGUGCUAUCUCUGUUAUUAAUUUAUCUCUAAUGUUCUCUCCUUGAACCUCAGGCACAGCUCUCAGCCUGAGGUUCACUUCCCUCUGCCUCAAUUCGUUCAUGGCAAUUGCAUCCCAUAUCUCCUCCUGUGACUUGCUGAUUUCUGAUAGUCCCACUUUGAUUUUCUCUUCCUCACGCUUCACUUCCUUCAUUUCAGUUCUUGUCUUCUUCAUCCCUUCCUCUAGGGAUUGUGUUCUUCUAGAUACCUCUUUAAUUUGACCUUUCAGCUCGUUUACUGUCUCAUCAAAUUUUUUAUCCAUUUUUCCAAUUCUCGUAUCCACUUGUUCUAAUUUUUCUUCUAAGUUCUUUUAACUUUGCCUGAUUUCUGCAAACAUUUUUAAUAUUUCUCCCUUGAAGUCUGAUUCUUGUUUUGAUCCUCUUCUAUCUGCUGGUGUUCCCCCCUCUCCUCCUUUCUUCGGUUGAUGAGACAUUUCCACAAAUAUGCUUUAAACACUUCUCACAUAAUAAUCCAAAUUGAAUUUAUGAAAAUAAAUUCUCACCACCACUUACUACACAACCUUAUAUAAACCUUGCCCAAGGUAUAAAUAUAUCCAAUUAACUUCAAGUUUGGUAUUCAAUAUCUUUUUAAAUUUGUAAUUUAGUCCUUUAUUAAUUCUAAUUUCAAAUCUUCACUUUAAUGUCCAAUUAUCUUCGGCCCAGUCGGAUCCUUAAACUUAGAAAAAGUGAAAACUUAAAAUCCAAACCAAAUGAAUAUGUUCUUCUUGCCACCAAUUAGGUUAUUCCUUUUGAAAUCUUAGUACUCCAUUUAUAAUCAAAUUUUUAAUCCAGUUUUGUUCCAGCUGUGCCGCCAAAAAAAAGUUUAUUCUACUUCUAAAAAUCAAAGUUUAAAGUUUAGAAUCUUCUGCCACCAAUUAGGCUAUUCCUUUCGAAACCUUUAUAAUCAGGUUGUAAUUCAAAUUGUAAUCCAGUUUAGAUUUAUAAUCCAAUUUAGUUUUAUAAUCCACUUUAGCCUCUUAAUUAUACCAAAGAAGAUUUAAAAAUUUAAAAAGUGGUCUCCACAUAAAAAAUAAUAUCCAAAUGUUUAUAUCCAAAUAAAGGGUAAUAUAAUCCUUACACUUAUAUCCAAAUGAAGAAGAUCCAAGCAAAUACUCCGCAAAAGCCCGGUAAUGAGGAAAAGGGGAAAAAAAACAGAAAAGCCCAACCCCUUCUGAAGGGUAAAAAAAAAAAAAUACACCAAACCAAAGAGAACAGGAAAAACAAGUGAGAAAAACAAGUUGUAAUUUCUCUUCUGACCACCGGGGGCCCAGACUCAAAAAAUUAAGCAAGGAGUCUAUAAGUCAAACUUUACUUAGAGUUUUUCUAAGAGAAAAAAACCCCAAAGGUGGCAGUGGCCAAUGAAAAAAAUGAAAUAAGUCCAUCUAAAUAAUACCCCCCCCCAAAAAAAGGAUAUGCAGAAAUACCUAAAAUAAAUCGAAAAAAGAUCCUUUUCACGAUUGUCUCCGUCCGUAAAAAGAAACAAUGGAGUCGGAAGCUCUUCUUCCGUUGCACAGUUUUUUAAAAAGUGAAACUGGAAACGUUUUCCCUUUUCUUUUCUCUCACAGUUACAAAGAGGACCUUCAAAUUCCAAUUUUAGUCCCUCUGUCCCCCCUUUUAACUUUGUUCCUCCUUAAGUUAUUCAGUAUCCUCUUUAAAAGUUAUUUCUUUGUCAGUCAAACGGGGGGGGGGGACAAUAGUCGCUAGCGGCAACUCACUUCCCUUUCUCCAGCUUUGCUUGUAUGAUGCGUCUAAGCUGAUUGCAGAUGACGGCUGACCUCUGUAUUUAUUUAUUUCGUAUCCGAAUCCUUCUUGAUGUUGCAAUCCACUUUUUAAAAUCAAUUUGGGGUCGAAUUCCUUGCGUUCGAGAAUUAAGCGCUUCCCCUGCAAGCUCGGGGCUUCGUUUUCCGGAGGUAGCUAUGGCUUCCCUUCAGCCCGCUUCUCCCCCCCGCCGCACUCUUCGCUCCUACUGGGAGUUACCUGGCGGCCGGUAAAAAAAAAACCCGGGAUUCUUCACUGGGAAAAAUGCCCGCUUGCGACGGGAUCGCGCUCAACCGGAAGUCCUGGUGCUGGAGGAGACUCUUGAGAGUCCCAUGGACUGCAAGAAGAUCAAACCUCUCCAUUCUGAAGGAAAUCAGCCCUGAGUGCUCACUGGAAGGACAGAUUGUGAAGCUGAGGCUCCAAUACUUUGGCCACCUCAUGAGAAGAGAAGACUCCCUGGAAAAGACCCUGAUGUUGGGAAAGAUGGAGGGCGCAAGGAGAAGGGGACGACAGAGGACAAGAUGGCUGGAUAGUGUUCUCAAAGCCACCAGCAUGAGUUUGACCAAACUGCGGGAGGCAGUGGAAGACAGGAGUGCCUGGCGUGCUCUGGUCCAGGGGGUCACGAAGAGUCGGACACGACUAAACAACAACAACAACAAACUAAUAAGAACUCAUCCGCUCCUCUCAUUCAUGCUCACCAGAUGGGCAGACUCACUAAAAGAGGUGAUCAAUCUCUUUUAAGAGUCUUCAUACGGCCUCCUGUUCAGUAGGAUAGCAAUGCGCUGUGCCAGGGAUUUUUCAGCCUUUAUAUAGAUUCACUAUGUAUAAGUCUUAGCAUAGCUUUCGUCACGCUGAUUCCUCAUAUUAUCUUUGUGAAUAGUUCUUUGUCUCAGCAUGUCCUUUGUGAACAGUUAUUUGUCUCAACAUGUCCUCAACUCAUCCAAACAUCUGGUACAUCCUGCUUAUCCAUACUGUUUUGUACACUCCAUUAGCUGGAUCAACAGUCCCUCUUUCUUUAUCUUCAGACUCAAACAAUCUCUUUAUCUUCAGAGUCACAUACCAUCUGGUUUUACUCACACUCAAAACAUACAUAUCUCCAUUCAUACUCUAAGACACUCAUAGGCCUCACACAAGUAGGCCACCCAAAAUAACCCACGAGUUUAGUUUCUCAGGUGCACUCUCAAUAUAAAACAACUGUAUGAAAAUAAAUGAAUUGGAUUGCUGUAUGGAUCAGGGACUGGAUAAAACUGGAAAAGGAAGAAGCAUUGGACUUAGAAGGUCACAAUAACAGUUUUGGAUGGCAUGCAUAUUUAUGGUAUGGGAAAGGAAAAGUGCAUAAAGGAUUCUACAAUCAUAUAAUUAGGAAAUCAUUAAUGAGGGUUUGGGAUGCGGGUGGAGCUUUGGGUUAAACCACAGAGCCUAGGACUUGCCGAUCAGAAGAGCAGCGGUUCGAAUCCCCGCGACAGGGUGAGCUCCCGUUGCUCAGUCCCUGCUCCUGCCAACCUAGCAGUUCGAAAGCACAAAAGUGCAAGUAGAUAAAUAGGUACUGCUCCGACGGGAAGGUAAAUGGCGUUUCCGUGCGCUGCUCUGGUUCGCCAGAAGCGGCUUAGUCAUGCUGGCCACAUGACCCGGAAGCUGUACACCGGCUCCCUCAGCCAAUAAAGCAAGAUGAGUACCGCAACCCCAGAGUCGGCCACGACUGGACCUAAUGGUCAGGGGUCCCUUUACCUUUACCUUAUGAGGGUUUGGGAGAGAUAUAAAGAUUUGAUAGAACCAAAGACACUUUGAUGGCUCUCACCAAUUGAAGCUUUAUUGCUCAAACCACUUGGCAAGAAAGGGAAGUGGCUUACAUACAGUGAUUUAUUAAAAGAUCAAGAAGGAAAAAUGAAUUUAAAAGAAUAUGAGGUAAUAAAAGACCAUUUUCAGAGUUGGCUACAUUAUAGGCAGCAACAUGAAAUGUAUAAAGAAGACAAGAAGAAAGAAUUUAGUUACACCACUUCUAGAUUUCAAAAGGAAGUCAUAGAAGGGAAGGUGAAGUUGCUGAAGGGUGCAUAUAGUAUUCUUCUAGAAUGGGAAACAAAAGAUGAGAGGUGAAAUAGGUCAUGAUCAAAUGGGCACAAGAUAUAGGCCAUAACAUACAAUUUGAAGACUGGGAAAAACUGUGGAAAACAGACUUAAAAUUUACAGAUUGCUCUCUUUCGAAAGAAAAUUAUAUGAAAAUGAUGUAUAGAUGGUACAUAACGCCAGUACAGAUAGCAAAAAUGGAUUGCUGACUUUCUGAAUCAGAUAAACACACGCCAAUAAAUGAGAAUUUUGACACAAUGCAGAGUAAGGUUUGCAGCCUUCUCUAGAUUCAGUUCCAGUCUUUGGCCUUCAUUCAACCCAGUGUUGCCUCUAAGCAGCUGCCUAAAACCUCAGUGGCCGGUCUUGAUUCAGAUUCAUUUCAUGGACAAUUACUGGCCCAAAGUCACCCACUGAGCUUCAUGGCUGAGUGGGGAUUUGAAACAUGGGCUCUCCCAGACCCUGGUCCAAUUGUUUCUUCAUUAUUUUCUAAUAUUAUAUUUCCUGAAAUUUCUGCUGCCUGGACGGCUGCUCAUCCAUAGAGCUUUCAAAGGAAAGUGGUCUGGGUGUGCUUUUGGGUUGAGUGCAUCUGUCCGAUUAUUACAAACUCAUAAUGAAUAUGACACCCCCAUACCCUCCACAAUAUUAUCUAUAAAUCCUCUGAAACGAUCACAAACAGAAGAAGUUAAAGUUGCCAUGAUUUUCAGCAACUGAAGCAGAGAACGACAGACAGAAAAGUGAGUAGCUUUCCUAGAUUGCUAUUUUUUUGCCCAGUCCUUGGAGUGGUGUUCAGUGGCACCAGAUUCUCACAGCAGUUUUGAAGUGGAACUAAAGGGGUUUUUUUAAAAAAAAGGUAAAGGACUCCUGGACGGUUAAGUCCAGUCAAAGGUGACUAUGGGGUUGCGGCGCUCAUCUCGCUUUCAGGCCGAGGGAGCCAAUGUUUGUCCACAGACAGUGUUCUGGGUCAUGUGGCCAGCAGGACUAAACCGCUUCUGGUGCAAUGGUACACUGUGACGGAAACCAGAGCGCACAGGAACGCCGUUUACCUUCCCACCACAGCAGUACCUAUUUAUCUACUUGCACUGGUGUGCUUUUGAACUGCUAGGUUGGCAGGAGCUGGGACAGAGCAACGGGAGCUCACUCCGUCGCGGGGAUUCGAACCGCCAACCUUCUGAUUGGCAAGCCCAAGAGGCUCAGGGGUUUAGAUCACAGUGCCAUUGCAGAGAUGAAGCCAAAAGUUGGCAGAUUUCAAAGCUGGGGAGGUGUUUCAGCUGGGGAGCGGGUGCAUUCAACACAGUCACAAACAUUAAAUCUCAAACGUUGAUGUUAUAUUUCAUGGCAAAGAAAUUAAGAGUUAAUAAAACACAUUCUUUUCAAAUGAGAAAAGGAAAAUACCAAACUGUCAUUGGAAAAGCAAACAUCUCUGGACCAUCAAUUAGAUUUUUUUAAUCUAGGGUAGGGAGAGAGAGAGAGAGAGAGAGAGGGAGAGAGGGAGAGAGGGAGAGAUGUACUGUAUUAGGCGAAUAUGUUUGAAGCCUUUUUUCCAGCUUUGUUUCAGCUCGGAUCCAGUGCUGCAUAUACAGUUGAAAGGUAGAUUCUCCUCCACUGGAGGUUUUUAAACAGAGAUGAUGAUGAUGAUUAUUAUUAUUUACAGCCCACCCAUCUGGCUGGGUUUCCCCAGCCAGUCUGGGCAGUUUCCAACAAGAUAUGAAAAAUACAAUGAAACAUCAGACAUUAAAAACUUCCCUAAACAGAUUGGAUCUGUCAGGAAAUAUUUAGCUGUGGUUUCUGUUUCGCAGGGAGUUGAGCUAGCUAGACGACCCUUGGAGUCCUGUUGCAGCUCUAGAACUCUAUAAUUCUUUGAAUCCUAUAUUUCAACCACCUAAAUUUCACCAGCCCUCUAGUUUAAGCUUACUACAUGAUCCCCACUGCCAACCCAGAGAGACAUUCCAGGAAUCAGGAUCCUGGAGUCUCAGAAGCUAGUGAUUUUUUUUUUUGCUAGUGAUCAAUCUAGUAUCCAGGGAAUAGGAUCCAGGAAAAUCCAAACAGGAAACCGGUUUAGGUAAAAAUGAAAGAAAAACAUUUUCAGAGGAAAAAGGGAGGUGGGGAGGAAACUAAAAUAUUUUGGGACAAUGAGGAUACCUUAAGGUCCACCUGAGCCCUGAUAUCCCAGCUUGAGAGAGCCAGCUUGGCAAAGUGGUUGGACUUGGACCUGUGAGACCAGAGUUUUUGAAUCCCCACUCAGCCUGGAAGCUCAUUGGGUGAUCUCGGGCCAGUCCCUCCUUCUCUGCCUAACCAACCUCUCAGGUUUGUUAUGAGGGUGAAAUGGGGAGAUGAAGAACUAUGAACAGCGUCUGGAGCUCCUCAGAGGAAAGAAAGUGGCAUAUAAAGCCAAUAAAUAAAGAGUAAUAAACUUGACUACAACAGAGUCAUGUCAACUCCCAGGAAAAUAAGUAUUUUCUUAUAGGGUGGGGAAUUGGAUAAAAGAUAGGAAACUUAGUCUACUGGAGAGCGAGUGUCUCUAUGUAUUCCUUUAUCAUCUUCUUCUUCUCUCUGCAAGUACAGAUGGGGCCAGUCGCUUCCUUCCUUUCUGAACUCCUGGUCAUCACCUUUCUCCUGCAAGGUACAUCCAAGCUGGACUCCUCAAUUUCUCUUUCAGAUGAGGCAAGCCAAGAUGAAACAGGAUGGCUUGGCACUGAGGUGCAGCGGGGGUUCCUUCCUGCUGGUAUGCAGUGGUGGAGCCAUCACUUAGUGGUGGAGCAUAGAUUAUGCAUGGUAAAGGUCCUACGCUGGACCCACAAUAUCUCCAGUUAAAAUGAGGAUCAGGUGGCAGGUAAUAGUAAAAACACUUCUCUCCCAGACACACCACAGACACAAGGUCUUCCCGUAACAAAGAAGUCCUUCUGGCUUUGUUUUCCCCAAAUCACUUUUCUCAUGGAGGAACAGACUAUCAAUGACUAUCCAGGACCAGUAGAACAUGUCCUGAGUACAAUCUACUGGGGAUCAAGGAUGACAGAGUCCAAUUGUCCUCAUGCCUACCACCUCCUUCAGGUGCUUCUUGACUCCUCUUCCCAAAUUAGUCUUUGCCUGUAUCUAUAGCCGCUGCAUUAUAGUCAUCACACCCUGUGUGAUGUCACACAAAGAACUCCGCACACAGCGUUGAGCAAAUCUGUAUCUGAAUUCUGACCUACUCUUCCCCACAAGAAGUUAUAUUUUAUAUACAUGGCACGUCCACACUGGAGGAAAAUGUGGAGGUCUCACCAUUGAUGUAGAGAUGUCCACAUGAUGUUUUCCUCACCCCAGUGCUGUCCUGGACCUUCCCCUUUUAAAUGCAGUGAGGAGAGGUCGAUUUUUGGAAAAUCCAGAUAAGAACACCAUCAACACCACUCUAUGUGAAAUGGAAAAGAUUUGGCCCAACACUGUGGUGGGGUCCAUAUUUUGUUCCAAUGUGGAUAAGCCCAUAGGUGAAUUAGGUGUUACAGGAUUGCAGUUUAAGGGGGUAAACCUAUUGAACUCAGCUUGUAUAGGAUUGCAUUUUCUACUUUGUAAUUAAUCAUUCACUCAAGCAAGCAAUUCAACACAAAUAACUCAGUAUAAAUGUUUAAAUAUAACCAUCUUCAACUAUCUAAAGGACUGACACAAGGAAGAUGGAGCACACUUGUCUUCUGCCGUUCCAGAGGGUGGGAGUCAAACCAAUGACAGGAGAUUCCAACUAAACAUCAGGGUUAACUUUCGGACAGCAAGAGCUGUUCGAGUAGGGUUGCCAUAUUUCAAACAGUGAAAAUCCAGACAGAAAGUUGUUGAGCUGUUGUUGUUGCUGUUUGCCCCAAGUUGCUGAGCUUAUUUUGCAAAAUCACAUAGAUAAUUUACAUUUUUGAGCUAUUUUUAUGGAAAGCUUUGGGCAAAAUCACAUCGAUAAUUGACGUUUUUGAGCUAUUUUUAUGGAAAGCUGAUGAAAACGACACUGCCAACAUGGGUUGCCAAACGUCCAAAUUCCCCCCCGAAAUUUUGACAAUUUUUGCCCGGACACUGCUACCAACUGCAGUGUUCCAGAUAUGUCCAGGAAAUUCAGGUUGUAUGACAACUCUGUAUUCGACAGAGGAAUGGAUUCCCUCAGAAGCUGGUGGACUUUCCUUCAUUGGAAGUUUUAAACAGAGUUUGGUUGAUGUUCUUCAGUUGUGAUUCCUGCUUUGCAAAGUGUUGGACUAUUGGGCCCCUUCCAAUUCUACAGUUCUAUGAUCCUAUGAUUCUAAGUGUAGUUGAAAUUCGUUGAUUGUAUUUAAAUUACAGUUAAGGGCAUGACUUUGCUACACCCCCUCACCAAGAUUUUCUCUCCUCUAGCAGGCGCAGAAGCAAGUCCCUGCCCAAAGAAAUGGAUGUUCUUUGGUGGAAGUUGCUAUGCAUUAUUUGAGAAUCCCCUAUCUUGGAAUGAUGCAGAGGUAAGAAGCUAUUCUUGGAAUAUUGCAGUCUGUUCAACUACUAAGAAAAUUCUCAAAGUAUUUUCCUAAUAAUCUUCUCAAGGAGUAAUCAUGACCCAGUGCACUCAAAAUUAUAAAAGGAAGGUACGCAUUUAUGUGUCGUACACAGCGUGGUGGUGGGAAGAGAAGGUCUAUUUAAAAACUCAAACCACUAACUGGCAAAGUGAUCUCUUGUUCUUUCUAUCUGAUUUGUUAUCAAAUAAAAUUCAGUGCUGAUUCCAUAGAGGCAUAAGAGUCUAGGACUUCCGGGGAGGUGCCUCCGGUUAUGGCGGAAUUCCUCUGACCGGGAGGAAUCUGCUCCGUGAAAAUCUGGGUCUGGCUGCCACGGCGAAGGCGGAGACCCGUUAAAAUCACAGGCGGGAGAAGCCUGUGAACGUGGGAUUCGGUGGGCACCUUUUGCGCCUCCCCCACUCGCGGGGAACCCCGGUUUUUGGGGCUCCGGAGCGACGUGGGGUGAGCAGCGUGGUGCAUCGAAUCGUCUGCUUCUUCCACGGAGCGAAGCCGCAUAGCUGUUGCCAGAGAGCGCUGACCUUUUCCUGUGGACAAUUGGACUUUAAAGUAAUUACCCGUGAGUAGAGCUGAAGCGGAAUAAUUGGAUUUCUAAAUGUUUAAUUUGGUAUCGUAACGGGGAGGCUCAAAACAGGAAGUCCGCCUUCCCUUUUGUAAAUAGACUGAGGCAAUGAAGUUACAAGCUGGAGUCCUGGAAAGUCUUUCAUAAAAGAUUAAAUUUCCAUCGGUACAGAACAUUAAAUCCCCUCUUGGAGGCAGGAGAAGAGAGGGGGAAGUUGUGGAUUGAGUAUGCCUGCGGGAGAGAGCGAAGAGAUUUAAAACACCGCCGCUCUGACCCUGGAAACGGGCUGCUAGUAGGACUGACAUCUUUUGGAAUGUUCAUUGACAGCGUUUAGAACGUUCAUUGACAGCUAGCUAAACAAGAGAAAUACAUUGUUUCUACUGUCUCCGGCUGCUUUAAAAAGGAGGAAAAGUAACUGAAAAUUGAAACUAAUUUGAAACUAAUAUUGGAUUGUUUAAAAGAGGAUACUAUUGACUAUUACAAAUAGAAACUGUUUCCCCCUAGUGGAAGCUUUUGAAACUGGUUGCGUUACAAGAGCUGGGCUAGGGAAAUUUCCAGCUGCAAGUUAAAAACCGUGAGACUCUGGGACUGACCUUGAAUCUUUUAAGUGUUAUGGUAAAUGGAAGAGGAAAAACAGACCAGUCAACUGCUGACAAAACAUUAAGGUCUGGAAGGACUUGGCAACAAUCCAGGAGAGGUCCAUCAUCAGGCUUUCCUGCUCCUUCUGUUGCAGCCUUUGUACCAGUAUAUUUAAAACCAAGAGGAAUGUCGACAGAAGAGGCUUUAGUGGCUGCAUUAUAUAAGAUAAAUGACUCAUUGGAUCAGCUUAACAGGAAAAUGGACACGAUAAAUGCGAAAGUGGAUGUUUCAACUAUUAAAAUUAACUUAAUUACAGAAAGUAUAAACAAUACCAAUACAGAAACCACCCAGAAAUUGAUACAGGAACCUACUUUGAUACGGCAAACUGCGGAGGAAGCCAGGGAAAAAGCUGUUGUUGAAUGUAAAGUAACACAACUGGAGAGAAAGAGAAAGAGAGCCCCAGCCCUCCAGAGGCAAUUUGAUGAACGUAAGUUGACGCUUGCUACGACUGAACUUAAAGAAAAACAGACGAAUUUGAGGAUUAGAGUUCACCUUUGGUGGACAUGCCCAAGGAUUAAGACACUUUGGGAGAUUAUUCAUAAUGAAAUGAAAAAGGUAUUUAAAUAGACCCUCUUGAAGAAACCAGAGGCCUUUCUCCUGGGCAUGGUCGGCCAAUUGGUGUUAAGAAGGAUAGAACUUUUUUCACGUAUGCAACAAUAGCAGCAAGAAUACUCAUUGUGAAGUACUGGAAGACACAAGAUUUAACUAUUCGGGAAGAAUGGCAGAUGAAGUUGAUGGACUAUAUGGAAUUGGCGGAAACGACUGGCAGAAAUCCGAGACCAGGGAGAAGAGUCGGUGGAAGAAGACUGGAAAAAGUUUAAGACUAUGUAUAGAAAUACUGUAAAAAUAAUGAAUGUUAGAAAAAUGUUGGAAUGAAGUUAUAUGGCUUUAGUAGAAACGCUAUAAGGAAUUAAGUAUAAAUAGAUUAAUAGAGUAUUAAAGGGAAAAAUAAGGUUAGAAUAUGUUAAGAUAAUUAUAGGAUAGAAAACAGAGGAAGAUGGAAAGGAAUUGCUGAAACAAUUAACAGAAGUGGAAUACAAAAAGGGAGGUGUGAGGAGGUCGUGGAAAUAAGGGAACGAAAGUUAAGAUAUUGAAAUUGUUUUCUGUUUUAUAAAAUAAUAUUUAUUACUUUUAUAGAUUACAAAAGGGAAGAGAAAAACAGAAAAAAAGACAAAGGAGGAAAGCAAUAAAGAAAAAAAAACAAUAUACAGUAUAUAGACAAUGCAAAACACAACCUAAACUCAAAACUAAACACAUUAAACUAAACUAAACAAACCCCACUCCCUAACCUUAACCCUAAAUAAAACAAAACAAAAACAAUUUAAAAACAUACAUCAUCCCUUUUCCGUACUCUAUCUUUCAUUCCCUUGUUUCCUCGACCUCCUCUCACCUCCCUUUUGUAUUCCACUUCUAUUAAUUGUUUCAGCAAAUCCUUUCCAUCUUUCUCCAUUUUCUAUCAUAUUGUAAAUAACGUAUUUUUUAACCCUAUUUUCCAUUAAAACUAAAAUACUUAUAUAUGCUUAACUCCUUAUAACUUUUCUGCAAAGCCCAUAAAAAAUCAUCCACCAUUUUUCUAUCACUCAUUAGUUUUACCAUAUGUCUAUAUAUAAACUUUAAAUUUUCCAAUCUUCUUCCACCAUCUCCUCUCCCUGGUUUCGGAUUCUGCCAGUCCUUUCCGUCAACUCCAUAAAGUCCAUCAACCUGGUGAUCUUAUGUCUGAGGCUCUUAACUUUUUUCCAAGUCCCUUCUGCAGGUCUUCUUCAUUUUUUUUAAUGCUAAAGAGCAAAUCUCGGGGAAACUCCAACCUGUCAAUCCUUUUCUUCCUUCUGAACAGAUCAGCCAAAUUUCCAUAGUUGAAGCUACAGUCCAUGAAGUAUUUCAGGGCAUAUUUCAAGAUUCCUCCAAAUCCAAAGGCCCCCAAAAUUUCAAUCUCCUCCAGGCCCGAGUUCAUGUCCCAAAAGUCAGUUAAUCUCUGCAUAGAGGGAUCUUUCCAACUUUCCUUCUUUAGUCCAUUCCUCAAAGUCUGACUUUUCCUAGAUUCAAUCAUAAAAGGCCUCAACUUAUAGUCCUCAAUUUGCUUCUGUAAAGCCACGGAUCCCGCUUGAAUUACUUUAUGUUCAACAACAGCAGCUUUCUCCUUCUCCUCCUUCUCCUCCACCAUUUGUCCUGCCAAAAUGGAUUCCUGUACCAAGUCCUGAAUUAUUUCUGUGUUGGUGUUCGCUUUUUGACUCAAAUUAGUCACUUUCUGUUCCAAAUUAUCAACUUUAAAAGUCAUGUCAUCCAUCUUCUUGUGAAGCUGUCCCAGCGAACAGCUUAUCUUACAUAAAACAGUCACAAUGGCCUCUCCUGUCAACAUUUUUAAAUGGUCCAAGGUCAAUCUCUGGUUCUCAGAAUCCUUAUCUGCAGCUGGAAAUCCCCAGUUACACUCCUGUAACAGUUUCAAAAGCUCCUCUAGAGGGAAACAGUCUCCACUUGUAUCAGUUCUUUCUGGCACAACUCAAGCAUUAAAGAUAGUUUCAAUUUUCAGUUACUUUUCCUCUUUUUUAAACGCAGAGGAGGACAAUGGAAACAGUAUCUUACUCUUAUUUAGCUAGCUGUCAAAUCCGUUCUGUCAAUGCACUCUCUCCAAAUGUCAUCUGGCAGCCCGUUCCCAGGUUCAGAGCAGUGGUAAUUUGAUUUUUCACUCUCUCCUGCAGGCUCACUAGGUCCAAAAUUUCCCCCUCUUCUCCUGCUUCCAAGGGGGGUUUUGUAUUUUAAACCGAUGGAAAUUUAAUCCUUUGCCAAAAGCUUUCAAAGACUUUAACUUGUAACGUCUUUGCUUCAGUCUAUUUACAAAAACGGAAGGCGGACUUCCUGUUUAUGACCUUCCCGCUUCAGUGCCAAAUUAAGGUAUUUAAAAAUCCAAUUUUCCGUUCUACUCACGGGUAGUUGUUUAAAAUCCAAUUGUCCACAUGAAAAAGUCAGUGCUCUCUGGCAACAGCAAUGCGGCUUCACUCCGUGAAAGAAGCAGUCGAUUCAAAGCACCGCACCACUCACCCCACGUCGCUUCCGAUCCCCAAAACAGGGUUUCCCCACGAGUAGGGGAGGCGCAAAAGGUGCCAGCUGAAUCCCAGGUUCACAAGCUUCUCCCGCUUGUGAUUUCAAUGGGUCUCCACCUUCGCCGUGGUGGUCAGACCCUGUUUUUCACGGAGCAAGUUCCUCCCAAACGGAGGAGCUCCGCCAUUGCCGGAGGCGCCAACCCGGAAGUCCGAAAUUGUUUUCUGUUUUAAAUGGUUUGUAUCUUGUUUUGUUAGUCUUAUGUUGUUGUUUUUUUGCUUUUUUGUUUUUCUGUUUUGUUGUGUUUAAACAGUUGGAAAAUUAAUAAAUACUAUUUUUUUAAAAAAAGAGUUUGUAUCACACAAAGUAGACGUAAGUAAAGAUGCCGUUUCUAAUUUUGCGAUCUUUAUGCUCAAGAAUGUUUGAGCUCACCUGGAGCCCUAACCCUAACCCUAGAUACUUUGUGGGGCUGAUCCUGCCAACCCAAGCUGGCCACUGAAAUUCAUCCCCCUGGGGUGGGAUGGAGUCAAAGAGGGUGAAAACCUUAACUCUUUGUCUCUCUCAGGCAGAUUGCCAAACACAGAAGCAAGGAGCACAUCUGGCUUCCAUCCUUGAUGACCACGAGAUGAAGACAAUAGCAGCCUAUAUUCGUUUCAAUCAAGAAAAAAAUUCUGCAGUCUGGAUUGGGCUGUUUGCCCACAAGGCGAGUGAGGUGUGUACAGGAAGCUUCUAGUUUUGUUUUGUUUUGUUUCUUCUUCCUCUCCAUAUUCUGUGGCUGAGGAAACUGCAGAUCGAAAGCUUAGGAAGGUGCCGUUGAACCAAGAAAGUGUGCCCUACAUUAGAAGAAGAGGCCAUUGUGCCAGAAAUUUUCAAAUAUUUGAAAAUUCACUGCCAUGCAGUGUGGAGAACAGUAUCCCCAUCACUUCUUCAACUAAAUGGAGAGAAGCCUCUCUUACAGGACUGGCCCUUCCCUGAGGUGGGUUGAAGCAGUCAUGGCAGAACCCCAAGAGGAGGCACCGCCACGGUCAUCCCACACCACCUCUGUCAACAAAAGAGAAAAGGCGCUGGCAGCAGCGCCUGCUACUGGGAAGAUCACGUGUGACCUUGUCAAAAUCUCGCAAGAGCUUGCUGAAACCCGUCCUGCUGCUUCGCAGGCACUGCCACCCAUGCCUGGUAAAGGAGGCUUUGGCAGCAAUGAGGAGGGGCAGCACAUUCCCAUUUCUCCUCAUGCGGUGGAACAGGACGUGUCAUUCCCUGCUCUUUGCUACUUGGGAUAGGAUCGAAUUCCACAGAGGGAAGGAGAAGGUCCAAGGACAGUGAGGGAACAAAGGCCACUCCAUCCUUCCUUAUUGUAUUUUAAUAUUCUGUUGGAAGCCUCCCAGAGUGGCUGGGGAAACCCAGCCAGAUGGGCAGGGUAUAAAUAAAUUAUUAUUAUUAUUAUAUGGAGGAGAGGCAACUCUGCCAUCACUGUUGAGGUGCUACAGCCUCUUAACUUCCUCCUUCCCAGUGCUCCUGUCAUAAGAACAACAGCUAAGUUCUUUUUGGAUCAGAGCGUUUUCAAGAAAGACAGAAUGACACAGAUCUCUUCAGAAUACAACCCUUUAUUGAUUAACUGGUAAGAGCUAAUAAGGACUCAUUCACUCCUCUCAUUCAUACUCACCAGAUGGUUGGACCCCCUAAGAAAGGUGAUCAGCCUUUCUUAACAGUCUGUUGGGUGGCUUUCCUCUGCAGUUGGACAGCCAAUGCACCUUGCCAGGGCUUUGCAGCUUCUUAAAUAGUCUCCUCUCUCAUAGGAAUCAAUGUUCCCUUUGUUACGCUGGUCCCUCAUGAUGUCCUCAUGAAGAGUAUCCCACAGUCUGGCUUCUGUCAUGCUGCCAUGCUGUCUCCAUGAAUAGCUUGCUUGUUUCAACAUGUCUUCAGUUUGUCCUCUAAUUCACCCAGACAUUUGGUACAUCCUGCUUUUGUUGCAGUCCAUUAACUCAUCCAUCCUGUUUUGCCCAGUCCAUUAACUGGCUCAAUAGUUCUUUAUCUUUGAUCUCCUGGAGACUGAGUGACAUUGCCAGACAAGAGGACAUAGCCCAGGUAAAACCAGGGAUGUUCCUAGGGGACCAGAUUUAUCGGACCAUACCAGCCCCCUACCUUGCAGAAAUCCACUAUGUGGAAUACCGUAGACUCCUUACAGCGGCUAGAUUAAAUGUCCUUGACUCUGCGAUAUUGUGGGGAAGGUACAGGGAGUACCAUACGCCCAGAGAACCUGUCAUUGUGCCAUGGGUGUGGUUGAGUCCACCGAACACAUUCUCUUGACUUGCCCUUCUUAUGCAGAGCUUAGACAAAAUUUUAUAGACCCACUCUUAUGUCAAUUCAGCUUCCUACCCGGAGAAAACCAGGUUUUACACUUGCUGAAUAACGCCACUAGAGCUAUACCUUCCUUGGUGGCCAAAUUUCUCUUCUUAGCUUUUAAGCGUCGCAAGACUAUAAUUGACUGCAUUGAUAUGGGGCUAUCUGUUUAGCCCAUUUUAGUGUUGACUAAGUUUUAAAAUCUUCCUGGAUGUUUUUAACUGUGUAUCGACAAAAUGUACUUUUUUUCUGACUGACGGUCGAAUAAAAAGGAUGAUGAUGAUGAUGAUGAUGAUGAUGACUCAAUAACCUCUUUAUCUUUUGUCUUCAGAGUCACGUACCAUGUGGUUCUGCUCACACUUCAGACAUAUCUCCAUUCAUACCAUUUGGCAUACUAGAUAUAUCUUCAGUUAUACCAUAAGGUCAUUUUCUGGCCUCACACUCCAUCAUGUUGAAUAGGGGAGAAUUGAAAGGUCAAGAAAUCGGCAGCUCUUCCCCAGCUCAGAAUUUAAUCCAAGCCAUAGAAGAAUUUUAGGGACCUUAAAUAGACUGUAGUCCUCCACUGGGCUGGUUUGUUGUGUUGGUUUUUUGGAAGGUGCAGCACAAUUCCUCUGCAUCAUCUUUUAAUAGCCUAUUGUUUCCUUUGUUUAUCUUAUUUUCUGAUGGUAACAGCUGUUCGACAGUAGAAUGGACUUAGAUUCAUAAAGGCCAUAGAAUCAUAGACCUGUAGAGAGGGAAGGAACCAGAAAGGCCACCUCAUCCAAACCCCUGCAAUGAAGAAAUCUUCAUUGAACCCACAACCCUGAGAUUUGUCAUGAAAUUCUACUCAUAGUGAUCCAGAGCAGAUUCCAGCAGAUAGUUAGCAGAGUAAAAAUUUAAACACAUUGCAGGAUUCCCAAAAAUAGACCCGAGGCAAUUAAUAUUUCACACAGCAGAGCUUUACUGCUACUGAAGGCAAAUGAGCAUAAUGGUCACAAAUCUAAUACAAUCAGGAUUAGAACAGUCCAUAAGAAAUCCAGUUGCAGCAGACUUAAAUUUACAAUCACAUGUUGUUGUUGUUGUUUAGUCAUUUAGUCGUGUCCGACUCUUCAUGACCCCCUGGACCAGAGCACGCCAGGCACACCUGUCUUCCACUGCCUCCUGCAGUUUGGUCAGACUCAUGUUGGUCUCUUUGAGAACACUGUCCCACCAUCUCGUCCUCUGUCAUCCCCUUCUCCUUGUGCCCUCCAUCUUUCCCAACAUCAGGGUCUUUUCCAGGGAGUCUUCUCUUCUCAUGAGGUGGCCAAAGUAUUGGAGCCUCAGCUUCACAAUAUGUUCUUCCAGUGAGCACUCAGGGCUGAUUUCCUUCAGAAUGGAAAGGUUUGAUCUUCUUGCAGUCCAUGGGACUCUCAAGAGUCUCCUCCAGCACCAUAAUUCAAAAACAUCAAUUCUUCGGCGAUCAGCCUUCUUUAUGGUCCAGCUCUCACUUCCAUACAUCACUACUGGGAAAACCAUAGCUUGAACUAUACGGACCUUUGUUGGUAAGGUGAUGUCUCUGCUUUUUAGGAUGCUGUCUAGGUUUGUCAUUGCUUUUCUCCCAAGAAGCAGGCGUCUUUUAAUUUCGUGACUGCUGUCACCAUCUGCAGUGAUCAUGGAGCCCAAGAAAGUAAAAUCUCUCACUGCCUCCAUUUCUUCCCCUUCUGUUUGCCAGGAGGUGAUGGGCCCAGUGACCAUGAUCUUCAUUUUUUUGAUAUUGAGCUUCAGACCAUAUUUUGCGUUCUCCUCUUUCACCCUCAUUAAAAGGUUUUUUAAUUCCUCCUCACUUUCUGCCAUCAAGCUUUUAUCAUCUGCAUAUCUGAGGUGUUGAUAUUUCUUCCGGCAAUCUUAAUUCCAGCUUGGGAUUCAUCCAGCCAAGCCUUUCGCAUGAUGCAUUCUGCAUAUAAGUUAAUUAAGCAGGGAGACAAUAUACAGCCUUGUCGUACUCCUUUCCCAAUUUUAUAUUAAAGCUGUAUAUUAAAGAAAUAUUAUAUUAAAGCUUUUAUAUUAUAAAUAAUAUUUCAAAUUCCCCUAUAGCCCUCGUUCCCCUUCACCCAUGUUUGAUCUCUCUCUCUCUCUCUCUCUCUCUCUCUCUCUCUCCUUCUUCCAUCUUGUUUUGUUGUUAUAAUUUAAUCAUUGUUCAGCUGAUUCUUUUAUUAUUUCCUUGCUUACCCCUGUGUGUUUUACACGUUAUCUAUUAAUAUUCCAGUUUCGGAACCCUAUUUUUUCAUAUAUUCCUUCAGGGAGUGAAGGAAUAUAUGUGAAGGCCCCUGUCUCUUUUUCUUUUUUCUUUUUUCUAAAAUAGUUUUAAUUAAGUUUCUUACAAAUAUAACACGUACUAUGACAAAAAAGAAAGAAACAAAAUCACAAACUUAACAAAAAAGUAAAUAGGAAAAAGAGGGGGGAAGUACAUGUCAACAAACACCUAAGCAAUACAAAUUAAUUGGUUAUUUAAACUUCUAACAUCAUAAACAUGUUCUGGACUUCCUCUGAUCCCUCCCAUCUGAAUUUCCUUGUAUUUAAAUGCAGCAGUUUUCUAACAUCAUUAUUAAAACACCGUAUUCCAAUUAAAAUAAAAUUUCUUAACUUAUCUUAAGGUUCUAAAUCUCAAUUAUUUAACUAACUCUUAAUUUCCUGUCUCUUUUUCUGUCUCUACAGAUCUCCAAGUGGCAGUGGGUUGACAUGUCUCCACUCCCAUACACUGCAUGGGCACCCGGGGAGCCCAGUGGGACAGGUGGCGUUGAGAAGUGUGCCGAACUAAAAACUAAUGGUGAGGGGGGGGGUGUAUCACAAUAUGCCUUUGGGAGUGCCAGCAGUCAGCUUCUUCUAUACUGUGUGCCACUCGUGGCCUGGUUGAAAGCAGUCCAAGGGUGAGUGCGUAGAGAAGAAGAACUUGUCCCUAGCCACCUCCUACCUGAGCAAACCAGCAGGUCAGUUGGCCAUGUCAGCAGAAGGGAGGCUUUCACGAACCAGUGACCUGCCUAUUCAGUGUGGUGUAGUGGUUAAGAGCGGUAGCCUCGUAAUCUGGGGAACCGGGUUCGCGUCUCCGCUCCUCCACAUGCAGCUGCUGGGCCAGUCACACUUCUUUGAAGUCUCUCAGCCCCACUCACCUCACAGAGUGUUUGUUGUGGGGGAGGAAGGGAAAGGAAAAUGUUAGCCACUUUGAGACUCCGUAAAGGGAGUGAAAGGCGGGAUAUCAAAUCCAAGCUCUUCUUCUUCUUCUUCUUCUUCUUCUUCUUCUUCUUCUUCUUCUUCUUCUUCUUCUAGAAAGUCUCUUGGGUCUCAAUGGAGCAGGAAAGACAAUUUAUGUAUAAAACCGCAACUGCGUGGAUGAAGAGUGGCAGAUUUCAGUGGAUGGAUUAUGCCAAAAUGGCAAAAUGACUGGAAGAAUCAGAAAUCAGGAAGACCAAAAUUCUAAUAAGGAAUGGGGGAAAUUUAUAAUUUAUCUUAAUAAACCAUUGUAAACAGCUAAAAUCUUUAGUAGGAUUGGAAGAACACUUGUAGUUUAAUGGAAAAUUUGGGAUACAAUGGAGAGGUAAAACAUUUGGAGUUGGAUUAUUAUAAAAGAUGCAGGAAAAAAUGGUUCAUAAAAGGACCCACAAAGGGGGGGGGGAGGGAAGUUCAGGAGGUUCUUUGUCUUUAUGCUGUAUGUUGGAUAUGUGAUUGUAAAACUUCGAUCUGAAAUUAGAUAGAUAGAUAGAUGAUAUAGAUAGCUGAUUGAUAGAUAGAUGCUAGAUGAUAGAUAGAUAGAUAGAUAGAUGAUUGAUAGAUAGAUGCUAGAUGAUAGAUAGAUAGAUAGAUAGAUAGAUAGAUGAUAGAUAGAUGAUAGAUAGAUAGAUAGAUAGAUAGAUAGAUAGAUAGAUGAUAGAUAGAUAGAUAGAUAUAGAUGAUAUAGAUAGAUGAUGAUAAAUGAUAGAUGAUAGAUAGAUAGAUGAUAGAUAGAUAGAUAGAUGAUAGAUAGAUAGAUGAUAGAUAGAUAGAUAUAUAGAUAGAUAGAUAGAUAUAGAUAGAUAGAUAGAUGAUAGAUAGAUAGAUAGAUAGAUAUAGAUGAUAUAGAUAGAUGAUAUAGAUAGAUGAUAGAUAGAUAGAGAUAGAUAGAUGAUAGAGGGAGAGAGAGAGAGAGAGAGAGAGAGAUGAUAGAUAGAUAGAUGAUAGAUGAUAGAUUAUAGAUAGAUAGAUGACAGAUAGAUAGAUAGAUAGAUAGGGAGAGAGAGUCUCUUGGAGGUGCCCCAACCUGCUUUGGUUUAUCCAAGCAGCAGCAAGGAAAACACAGGCAGAAUAUUCUUGGGUAGUAAAUGCAAAAUGGUAGCUUCAACCAUGUGCUCUAAGCUUGGAGCCCAUGUAGGCAUGUCUUUCUUGACCAUGGUGCAAAGGGGGGGGGGACAAGGAGUGAAGACUUCACUUACUCCCUCAUCAGAGAAGAGGGGGCUUGACCUAGCUGAACCCAGGAGCACACCUCUAUGAUCUUAACCCAUUCAUACACAAACUCACACUCAUGCACAGUUAUGUUUGGCUGAAAUAAAUAAAACAUUAACAAAAAAUACAAAACCAAACUGAACCAUUUCCUACAUAAAUCGCUGCAGUCCGGAAUUGUCCUAGAUUCUGUCAAUUACAAUGAAAACAAAAAUCGCUUGGUCAAAUGUGUGGAGUGGAAACUGCAAUCCAAUUUAAUUUAUCGGGAUCAUUUUGCCAGGUCUGAAUUAAGAUUUUCUUUCAGCGGGAAGAAGCCAUGAAAGGACAGAGGCACCUGACACCUUUUCUCUCUUUCCCCCUCUAGAUUACCUGCAGUGGAAUGACCGUGACUGUGAAACUGCCCUUUCCUAUCUCUGCAGAUAUUCCAGGUACUGAGGGCAGCCGUUUAUCGAGGCUUCAACACGCUCAGUGACCUUUGAGGAAUAUGGGGCUGAAUUCUGCCUUCCAAUGCCCCUUCCCCAUAGGCUGCCUGUGGGUCAGAUCUUCUCUUCUCUGGCCUCUG